AUAAUGAUAUCUAUUGCUCCUAUUCUAGAGGAUUCUUAGAAGAGAAGCUUGACGAUCGGUUUAUUUGUCGACGUUUGCCGAAUGUCAAGUGUCAGGACGAUAAAAUUUUCAUAUGUUUUUGGAGCUAUUAUUCAUUGGAGCAAGUUCAAUAAGACAGGAAGCUCGUGACUUUUAACUUACAAUGUUGGACACUCCUGCCAUAUAGGUUUGUCUUUCGGUCGACUUAGAUGGAUGUUGGAGCUCCCGAACGACAUAGAGAUAGUCAGAUAGAUCGGUAUCCUUUGCUAAUGGAACAAGUGGAGAGUAGUAGUGGUCAUCAGCACGUGAUUGAUGUAGAGAGAAAUGGGGACGCCUCCUUGACAGCAUCUCAUGGUGAUCAGCAACGCAGGGUAGACUUGAUAGAGAAUGAGGAUGGACUUUCGCCUAGCAUGCCAGCUCCUGCGGAUCAAACAACUGUAAAUUCAUCAAACAGAUUGAACUCUGUGAAUUCCUCUAGCAUGAGAAGGAGUGAUGAUUACCACCAGCAUCGAACAAGUCCAUUGAAUUCUGGACUAUGGAUUUUGGUGGAGUUAGUUGUCACCGAGGGUCAAAUUAUAGCAUCCAUAGGGGUUUUGUCAUUGUCAAGACAUGAAAAUCCAGAGGCUCCACUAUUUGCAUGGGUUGUAGGUUAUGCGGCAAUGCUGCCUAUUCUUUACUGGUGCUAUCAUUUGGCAACCGUGGUAGUGAUCAGUCCAGUCAAUCCCAUUGAGGGACUUCUCAUGGCAUGGUCAAUCGAGCCUAGAUCUUAUAUAGCUAUCUCGUCACACAGUCCACGAGAUGAGGGCAAUCAACAUUGA